UCGUCAUCGGCAACACCACACAGAAUCAACAGCCCACAACGAACCAAGUGUGAUCUAGCCACUCCCUGCUUCCUGCUGUGAGUAAUGGCGACCAUGGUGGCCUUGAGCUCCUUCGCCGGUGCCGCCGUCGUCGGCCGCUCCGCCUCCUGGUCUCCGGCGGUGCCGCGCCGGCGCGCUCUCCUCGUCAGGGCCCAGACCGAGCCGGAUGUCGAGCCGACCAAGGAGACGAUGACGAGCGCAUCGACAUCCUCCCCCAGCCCCACCCCAAGCCCGAGCCCGACCCCGGUGGCGCCCAAGCCCAAGGCCAAGGCUAACCCCUCGGUCUGGGACGCGCUCGCGUUCAGCGGCCCGGCGCCGGAGCGCAUCAACGGCCGGCUCGCCAUGGUGGGCUUCGUGGCGGCACUCUCCGUCGAGGCGGCGCGCGGCGGCGGGCUACUCGACCAGGUCGGCAGCGGCGCCGGGCUGGGAUGGUUCCUGACAACCGCGGCUGUGUUCUCCGUGGCAUCUCUGGUGCCGCUGCUUCAGGGACAGAGCGUGGAGAGCAAGUCCAGCGGCGUAUGGACCGCCGACGCCGAGCUAUGGAACGGCCGCUUCGCCAUGCUCGGCCUCGUCGCACUCGCCGUCACCGAGUUCAUCACCGGCACGCCCUUCGUCAACGUCUGAAACUAGUGUAGCACUCCCGUAUGUGCGUGUACAUAUUGUUGAGCAACUAGUAGUACGGACUCUGGUAGAGUAUUCUGUAACGGAUUCUGUAAGCCUUAUACUCCCUCCGUUCCAAAUUACUUGUCGCAGAAAUUGAUGUAUCUAAAAUUAAAAUACAUCUAGAUACAUCCAUACUUGUGACAAGUAAUUCGGAACGGAAGAAGUAGGUUAUGUUUCUUGAUGAUGUUGUCUGGGAGCUUAGAAUUACUGCAUGAAUGAAUUAAGUUCAUACCACUGUAUACGUUUCUUAGUAUGUGUUGGAUAUUUUUGUGGCUUCAACAUUUA